AUGGAACCACUACACGCGCUGUGGCUUGAGGCGAAGUACACUCCUGAUGAUGUUGUCAAGAUUUUGCUGACUGGCCAUGAAGAAUACUUUUUGCGAUACAGCAGGAGGCACAUGCAUGGGAUGAAGGAACUGUAUGACAGUUUCAUCACACCGGCAUUCGAGUAUAUCAAAGCCUACCGAAAGGCAGAUGGCAAGAGCUACAGCGAGGAGGAGGAAAUUCAGUUGCUGGGUUUCGUUCAGGGCAAGUAUGACGAGCUCGUCAAGCUCAUCGCCAAGAAGUAA